AUGAUGCGGAACUACGAGAGCAAUCAGCCGCUGGGCAACCCAGUGCAAAUGUGUAAGAAUCAACCGCAGCACCGGUACACCGAUUUGCGAUUUCUUUCGCUGCAUUACCUGAGGAUAAGUCACACUGAAGAGAAGGAAACGAUUAAAUACAUUUUUGUCUCGCUUAUCAGGUCACAGUGGGCGUACAUUAUUCCACAGAUAAGGAAAACGCUGUUCAUAUGA